AUGCGCCUCCGCUCUUUCGCGUUGGUCGCCUUCAUCGACACAUCGCACACCGCACCUCUGAACAACCUCUUCCUGAACGCCAUCACAUUCCCACAGUUGACCACCCUCUAUCUGCGCUCGACGAGAUGGGAAUAUCGUAAAAUGAGCCGCGCUUCCCUCUCUCUCGACGCAGACCACCACCCUAAUCUCUCGAUGCUCUCUCUGAACCUGUCCUGGUUAGCACCCCAGGCCGCCUGUCUCGCGCAGCUGAAGACACUAACGAUUGGAUCUGGGUGCGACAUUCACAUGAAGCACGUCUUACGUAUCCUCCGUCGCAUUCCCGCCCUCGAGGCGUUCCACUUCAACAGCCGCUUCAAGGACAUAUCCGCCAGCGACUCGGAUAGCGUCACGCUGGAGCACCUGCACACCAUCGAUCUCGAGCGGCAGGAAGCGAACGAGGCCGCCGCGCUCCUCGACCACCUCCGGCUCCCGCGCGUCCGGACGGUCAAAGUCCAAGCCUUCGACCUCGACGACACCAACCUCGAAUUCCCUGUCUUCAACUCCGCGGGCUCCACGCUCUUGAAAUACAUCCCCUUCCUCUCCGCCGUCACCGACCUCCACCUGGUCUUCAACAGGGGCUGGCCGCGCCACCACCCUGAGCGCUUCUGCAGCGUGGCCGGGCGCACUGCGGACGGCGAGCGCGAGUUCAAGAUCACCUUCAAGGUCGCGCUGUCCCACUUCCGCCAAGCGGCGAGGUUGCACACCGCCUUCCUCCGGUUUUUCGUGCACCUUCCCGCUGUCACCUCUCUGGACGUCACCGGCCGUCGUUGGUCCUUCGACGGACCUUCCUGGGCGGAUAUCCUGCGAAGCUUCCCCCGCCUCGCUACGGUGACCGUCGACGGCACGGAGCGGCCUGGUCCGCCCUGGGAGCUGGCCAAAUUUGAAAACUAG